UCACUGUUUACGGUUUUCGGUUUUCGGUUGGCUUCGCUUUGGGUUUCCAUUACAGUCCAUCGUCUGCUUUGUUGACAAAGUUAUUGCCUCUGGCUUAAUGACUUCGUAAUUGAUUUGCAUUCGAUGUGCCACAUUGAUUGGCAAUUGAAACGUAAGGCACCCUUCUCCCAGAACUCCUCGGCUGGCACUCCAAGAACCCAUUCCAUUCCGGCAACCUCUCAUUGUCACCGUUGCUAAUCAAGGUUAUCAAGGAAAUACCGGCUGUCACCAUGUCGCUGUCUGUGGCCAGCCGUCGUCGCCUCCAGACGACUAACGCUCCAUCGUCCACCGCGAACCCAUCCUCAACCUCGUCCGGUGGGCGAUACCAACUGCCAUUGUCCGUGCGGAAACAGCACUCCUUCAUCGAGCCCACGGCCAGAUUCUCGGCCCAGCAGAGGGGCUACCUCUCCAGGGGUCUCUCCGUGGGCCGAUCCAUCGAGAGCAUCCGCCAGAAGCUUUAUCCCGUGAGCAGGCAGACGUCCCUGGCCGUCGAGGAGGCCAUUCCAAGGAUCGCCCCACGCAUCACGGCCUCACAGGUCCAGGGAUUAAGGCUGAGGGACAAGAGUCUGGUGGCUUGGUCAUCCACCACAUCCUUGCUAAAGGACCAGGAAGCGGAAAGAACUUCACAGGUUGAACUGGCAGAGGCGAAGAUUAGCGGCAAGGCGGACAAGAAUCGUAUUAAUCUGAACAUAGUGCUGUCGCAGACCAUAAGGGCCACCAACGAGAGGGAGCAGGAAACGGAAGUGGAGCACGAACCGGAAGCGGAAGCGGAGCACAUUAGCGACAUCGAGGGAAGUCAUCCGGUUGAGACGCCGGACAUCCCGUUGAGCAUCUCGCCGGCCUUGACCGUCCAGAGGCGUCCGCCCCUGGUGCGUGCUAUGUCCGCUCCGGUCCGCGGAUUGGACGAGAGCAGCAAGGGCGUCAUCGCCGCCAGCAAGCGCAGCCAGCAGAAGUUGCGCCGCCGCAAGAUCUUCACGAGAACGCCCUCGUCCUCGGUGGGCGGCGGUGUGUCCGUGCCCCUAGAUGUCAUCGGCGACACCACCUCUUCGUCGUCCUCCUCCACCAUCUCCAACGGCCCCAAGAAGGCUCUGAAUCGGGCACGCAGCGUGGUUGCCCCCGAUGUCAUCACCCUGGUGUCCCUGCUGAGUUCCGAGGGCAGCGACUCCGAGCGGGAGGACAAUAGUUCGGUGGCGGUAUCGUCGCCACCUGCAGGCGGGGCGGAAAAACAGCCGCCGGGCGCCACGCAGCGAAGGGCGCCGCUGCUGAGGAAGACGGGCAAAUCGGUCUCGUUUCAAGACAGCUAUCCGCCCACCUUCCAACUGGCCUCCAAGGAGUACUCGCACAUGAUCCGCCGUGGAUCAAUAGCACCUCUGGCAGCCCGAAUUCGCGCCAAUCGACCGCCCACGGCGCCACCAGUUUCCAUUUUCCUGACCGAGGUCCAGGUCAAGAUGGACACGCAGCCGAAGAAGGAGGGAAGUGCUGAGCAACCCGUCGCCACCCUGUCGCCAGAUGAGGCCAAGAAGGAGAACAACAAUAAUGCGGCCAAUUGUGAGGAGCAACCGCCGCAGCCGGAUCACAACUAUCCGGCGUAUGUGCGGAGUCUGAAGGAGCGGGAGUGCUGGAAGUUGCAUCAGAAGAUGGGUGCCAAGGGAGUCAGUGUCAGCUAUGAGACGGUACUGCGGGGCAUGCUCACGCCCACGGAGUUUAGGCACUUCCAGAGGCAGCGGGAACAGGAGGAGGCCCGUGUCCUCGAGGAGGCGGAGGCCGCCGAGGCAGCCGCCGCAGCCGCAAUCCUCGAGAGCGGCGAGAAGGAGGGUCGCAAGCCCCCCGCCACGGCCAUCGAACGUCUCUCGGAAGCUUUGCUCCAGAGCAAGUAGAAAGUCUCCGGACAGCAGAAGCCUCUGCCGGAAAUAAGUUCCAAGCCGAUGGAACCCGACCAUUAAAUUGCAUUUGCCCCUAGAGGAUGUAGUCGUAGUCGAUCACUCGUUAAAACGCAGUCGCACCCCGCUGAGACACCAAUUCGGCGUCCACUUGUAGUUCUAGAUGAUAACCCCAAAACCGUAGAGCCCAUAAAACGCGUUUGUAUUGUGGGACCCAAGCUUACG